CUUGAGUCCAACGCUUAGCAUCCCUAAACAAUGUCUACGCUCUCUUUCCGUCAAUUGUGCCGGAAUGUGAACUGGCGCGCAUUCUCAACCACCCGUGCUCGACAAGAAUUCCACUUCGACACACACCACUUUGUGCAACGGCUGGAGAGGGAAGGACUGAACCGCGCUCAAGCAGAAGGAAUCAUGGCUGCUAUGGCCGAAGUGAUCGACGAGAGUAUACGGAAUAUGACAAGCAAUAUGGUGACCAAAUCCGAACAAGAAAAGCACAACUACACCCAACAAGUUGAUUUCGCGCAACUCAAGUCAGAACUGCAGCUCAUGGAGAAGAACGACCUUGCCAUGAUCAAGGCUGAGAACGAUCGUCUUUUGACCGACAUCGAGAAACUUAAGCAGCGUUUGCGGGAAGAGAUUACUAGAACACAAGCCGGAGUCCGCCUGGACUUGAAUCUCGAGAAGGGUCGAUUAAGGGAGGAGGGAGGAGCUCAAGAGCUCAAGAUCAAAGAAACAGAUACCCGCAUUGAGCAAGAGAUCGCCAAUCUGAGGACUGCAAUCCAAGCUUCCAAGGCGAGUAUCUUACAGUACUGA